AUGUCGAAUUCAAAAAACAAGGAACUCAUCAAUAUUCUUGUAUAUUGCAAUUAUGUUUCCAAUCAUGCUCCUCUUAAAGCUCUUAUAAAAUUGAUCUUACAAUAAGCUAAUAACACUUACUUUAAACAAGCUUUCAGUAAUCUUUCUCUUGAAUUGUACUCAAGAGCCAAAUAAUAUCAAAGGGAAGCCAAUCAUAAAAAUACAAUUCGCAGUACUAAUGAACAUUAGUCGUCUUUGAAUGUUCAAUCUGCUUAUUUGACUAGUCAUUCUGCAAGCAUACUAUUUCCUAUUCUAAUAGAUACCAUUCAAAGUAAAAUUAGCUUUUGGAGUAAACUCAUCAAUGGAUACCAAGACAUCGAUCAUUAUUUAUUAGAAUCACUCAAAACAACUCAAAAAAUGUUGACAUGUAAAAAAGAAAUAGAGAAGAGAUUUGAUAUGGUAAAUAACAAAUUAAAAGGCCAGCAACAAACGGACAUCUUGACAUUAAGAAUUAUUUAAAUUUAUCAUUCAGGAAUAUAUUCUAAUUCAUUUUAAGCUUAUUAAAUAGAGAAGUCAAUUGAGGAACUUAUAAAAAAUGAAAGAUAUAAACAAGAUGAGACUUUGGACAAUAUGCAAUUGAUAUAAAAUAGAUUAAUAAUCCUCAAGUCUAGCCUAGUUAAAAAGAGAGGAGAACUGCUGAACUUAAAUGUAAGACAACUUGCUCUAUUCCUGAACGAAAAUGAAGACAAUCUUAAAGGCAUUAAACAUUGCAAUUAACUGAUGCCAAAUUUCAUAUCAUCGAUUCAUGAAAAGCUGAUGGAUAAUUAUUUAUAAAGAGGACACUCUAAACUUAUGAUAAAUGGUGAAGCUAGCUUCUGUCAAAAUAUCUCAGGAUACUUAGAAUAAUGUAGUUUGAAUUUAUUUAACUUUUUUGAUGACAAGGACGAUUUUAUUCUAAAUAUGAUAAUUACAAAACAACAAUCAAAUAAUGAAAUCAUUUUAUUUGGCAUAGAUGGAAAGAUCUUAGGGUUUACCAAAUACUUUUACGAAGAAGUAUUAUAAAGCAAUUUCAAAAUGAAUUUAUCACAUUAGACAACUAAGGAUUAGAAUAGUAUAAAAAUACCAGUGAAGGAGUACUUAAGUAGAGGUCCCUUGAUUCAAUUUUAUAUUCCUGGAAUUGCUAGUUAGGUUUAAGAGUUAAGACAACAGAUUGUAUCAUCUUCAAAUUAUUUGAUGAAUAAUCUCAAAUCAUUUUGGAUUAUGCCUAAUAAUCAUAUAGAAUGUUUGUAAAAUUCUUCAUUAAUAUUCUCUUAAUUCAAGAAAAGAAAUGAAGGAUCUUAAUAAAAUUAUCGAUCCUACAAGUCUUAAACAUAUUCAAAAUAUUCCUACAACACGAUAAACACAUAAUUUGAUAUGCAAUAUGAUGAUUCAGAAAUGUCAGCAGAGUUAAAAUAAAAUAUAUCAAUCAAUGGAAUUCCACUUUUAAUAUUGCAUCCUGAUGUGGAAUAUCAAAUACAAAAACUUGUCGAAAUAAAUGACUCCUUAUCUAAGAUGCCUUAAACAGGAGUCUUUUAUAGUCUUUAAUUUAAGACUCUGAAUUUCAAGAGAGGAAACUAUGGCUAUUUUAUGUUAACAAUCAAAGAUUUCAAAACUAUUUCAAGUUAAACAGCAAACAAUUAAUAAACUUCAAGAACAUAAUAGUCACUAUAUUAAACUCUAAUACCUUCCUAAGAAUUUUCAGCUAGCUAUACAAAAAGCCCUCACUCUUUCUCUUAAGAUAUAAGAAGCGAAAAUCGUGACGAUUCCCAGAUUCAAAUCUAAGAAGUAAGGUAAAUGAAUAACAAUUAAAAACUUAAUGAGAGUUCUAUCCCUGACAAUAAUCUUAAAUUUUAAUUAAAAUAAUCAGAUAGAUCUAAUUUAUUUGAUUCAAGUAGAUAACCGCUCUUUGCUAGGCCCAAAAUUUUUGAAAUUGAUAUAAACGAAGAAGUGGAACAAAUUGAAUUAGACAUGCAGGUAAUAAAUGAAGUAAAGCAAGACUAAAUAGAAGAAGAUUAGGAGGAAGGUGAAAAAAAGGUUUUGUCUGUUAGUUAAAUCCAAAAAAAAAGUUCAAAUAUUCUGCUGAGGUUUCAAACGAAAUAAAUAAAAAACUAAGAAAACGACUUUGCAUCGAACCCUUCAAGAACAUCAACGAAUUCUACUUCUAAAGAGUCUCUUCUAAUUGUACAAUAACUUUAUCACAAUACUUAACUAAUCAGUCCCUUAAGAAAAAUAGCUGCAUUGUUGUUUAUUAUAUGCUCAGGAGUUCUUAUUAGUAACAUUAUUAAUGUUCAAUUUAUAUCCGAAAACCUAAUAUCUCAAACAAAUUAACUUGAUACUCUAAGGCAACCUUAAAAUAUCAAUUUUUUUUACACCUCAGAAGUAUUGUAGGAAUAUUACCUAAUCUUAAUAAAAAAUAAACUUGUAACCCUCAGUCCAUAUAUGUUCUAAAGAAACUUAGAUACAUUAUAAGGAAUGUACGACUAUGCUAGAACAUCAUAAGUCAAUUUAGUAAUUAUUGUACCUAGACUAUCAAAAGAGCAAAAUCAAUAAACGACGAUGGAAACAAGAUUUUAUGAAAACAAAUCUAUUGUCACUAUUGAGUAUCCCUUGGAAGAAUUUUAUUCAAUUUUGUACUAAAAAACAGAGACUUCUUAUAGAUAAUUUAUUAACAGUGGGAGUUAUGAUUUUCCCUAAAUUAUGCCUUAUGGAGUAGUGAGACUUAACUUAUUGGAUAUGUUGGACUUUCAUAAUCGAUUAAUUAAAGUUGUUAUUGCAAAUACGAUUGACAAGUAAACUUAAGUUAAGUAAUAUUUUUUAUCCGUCAUGAUUGGGGAAUUGCUUAGCAUAUUUGUAAUUAUUGGAUUAUAACUAAAAUAUUGGUUAUUUAUUGAUCAUAUUGUAAAAUCAAUAUUGUUUUUGAUUUCUAGACUAAAUGAAAAUUAAGCAUUUGAUUAGAUUAAUCGGUUGUCCAUAAUUAAAGAAUAAUUAGAUAACCAAAUAAAUGGAAAUUGGAAGCUUUUUAAUUUUGGUGAUGUUAUGUAUGGCUUUUCUGAGAGGAAGGCCAAAAAGAUAAUUCUCAAAUCUAAUGUUGAACUUGGUCAGAAUAAUAUAAAGGCGACUAGUGCCUUAUAUUCGAGAAUAUAAAGAACAUAUUAUCUGAAUAGGAUCAAUGCCUUCAUUACUUUUAUGAUUACAAUACUUCUAACUGUGUAUCUAAUGGCAGGAUUCUUAUUACAUAUGGCAAAAAAUGAUAAUUUUUAACCAUCCCUAACAGUUACCUUGAAAUUUGUGUAAAUAAGACACAACAUGGAUUCAUUAACACUAUUGGCUGGUCUAAUUAAAUCAGAAUCAAUUAUUCCCAAUCUUGAUCUACAAUUUUUAAAUCAAACGAAAGCUUGUUCACUUUUAGUUGAAUUUAGAGACAAUUUGUCACCUUUAAUUAAUGAAGUAGCUCAGGUAAUUUUAGAGAAUGCGAAUGCAAAUAAUGAAAAAAGCAGAUUUGAUACAAUACUGAAUUAUGAUUUAUGUCUUUCAUCAACAGCUGGUACUAUGCCUAUUUGUGAUUUAACAACAAUUAAAUUACAAUACGAUUAGUAAUUUAUAAUAUAUUAUGAAUAGGAAAGAUAAUUUCAGAAGCAUAAUUAGUAAUGGAGCAUUGGGUUACACUGCAGCACUAAUUAAAUUUAUAAAUUAAGAAUUCGAUUAUGA